CUGAUUUGAUUGGGGGAGGAUUGAGGAUUUUUCAUUGUUCAAAAAUAAAAACAAAAUUGUAUUCUCUAUUUUCUCAUUAAAUAGUUUAAAAAAUCAUAGUUAUAAUAAAUAACUAGUGUCAACAAUCCCAAAUUUAAUAAAAAAAAACCAAUUAUGCCAGACUGCAGUGUCAAUUAUGAAUCAGAAAUUGAAGAUGGACAAAACAAAAGGGCAAUAAAAUGUAAAUUUUGUUCUUCUGUAAUAUUAACCCCUUCCAGUGCAUGUUUUCAGAAUUUCGAGUUCGAUUUGCCGCUAAUAACACAAACCAAAAACAAUGAUGCUAAUCCAGAAACGGAACACACAUCCCUGUUUUGGGUGGUAAAAGAUAUGUUUACAUUUUACAAUGUAGGUUUUUCUAAUGCUGUGGGGAAUACAAAGUUCCUGACUUGUGCGGACUGCGAAGCUGGACCUAUAGGAUAUCAUGAUAUACCUACUAAAAUUAGUUAUGUUGCCCUUACAAGAGUGUCACAUGGGAGUACCUAAUACUUAAUUUUUAUGUUUAGAUUUUUUUAUAUAAGACUAGCCAGGAGCACCCUAUCCAUAAUUUUUUACUCAGCUUCUGAAAUGUACCAUGUUUGAAAAUAAUCAGCACUAAAACUUCAGCAAAUUGGUAAUCCUGGUCUGC